AUGGGGAUAAAUGAUAAAAGCUCAACGGCGUCGAAGAAGAAGAACGUCCAAGUAGUGGUUCGUGUGAGGCCAUUAAAUGAAAAGGAGAAAGGCGAACGUUCACAUUUGGCCAUUCGCACUAAUGGACUGGCGCAAACAGUGUCAGUGAAAGAUCGUAACGCAUGGAAGGAGUUCGGACCGUUUGAUAGGGUGUAUAGUGCUGAUUCAUCACAGUCAACAAUAUACAUGGAUGUUGUUGAUCCAUUGGUCAAAGAAGUCAUUCAAGGAUACAACUGCACUAUCUUUGCAUAUGGUCAAACGGGUACAGGUAAGACGUAUACGAUGGAAGGUGAACACGAUCCAAACGGACAGUACACUUGGCAAGACGAUCCGCAAAUGGGUAUCAUUCCUCGUGCGCUCAUGCAAAUUUUCAAUGAAUUGGACAAUCAGAACGUGGAAGAGUAUUCAGUACGAGUGUCGUAUGUCGAGUUGUACAAUGAGGAACUGAACGAUCUGUUAAAUCGAUCCGAACAGCCUCAGCAAAGACUGAGAAUCUAUGAGGAUGCAGUUCGUAAGGUGAUGAAGAGUGCCGCUCUUCCCAAUGAAUAUUUAGGGUUCGGUGAUCAUCAGUGGACUGGAGGAAGUGGCGGUUCGUGA